GAAUAAUAGCUUACCCUACUGUCAUUCUCCAAGUUAUUUUGGCUUUGGUCUAGUUAGCCGAUAUUGACAGGAAAGGGUAGAGAAGAAAGAGAUUCACACAAUAUCUAGUGCUAUUGCCAAACAACAACUGUGAUGAUGGAGUAUAAAUCUUUAUUUAUUAUGGAAAGCCCUAAACGACAUAACUUGGUGUCAAAUUACAGUAGCUUCUUGAAUGCAAAGGUUGUACAGUGUAUAAUUUAGUGAAAUCACCUAUGUUGCGCUUCAUUAUUUUUUUCGGGUACUUUCCUUUUUGUGAGACUUCUUCGAGCGCCCCCCUGCGUUUUGAGAAAUAUCUACAAGGUAAAUAGAACACAAAAGCGCUAAGUUUGUCCCAAACCACUGCCCGUAGUACGUUAACAACAUGGCUGCUCCCUUGAUGUUGAUGCAGCGAAGCUGUAGGCAGGUGACCCUCUUGGCCGCCGCAUCGCGUUACUGGAGCUCUAUCCCUGUGGCUCCGCCCUCACUACAGUCCAGGCUCCUCCUCUUCCUCAGCCAGCGUUUCCAUGACAUUGAGACUAUCCUCAGCUGGAGCUCCUGGUUCAAGAACCGAGGUCUACGACAGAAGAAUUUUUUCUAUGGUUACACCCAGCAAAACUAUGGGGACAACAUUGCUGCUGCUUAUUGCAUCCUUAGCCUGAAGGGAGGAUUCAGGUUUGCAGGGCAGACAGAGUGGUUCCGAUCAGACAGAAGAGGGAAGUUCAAUUGGGACUUCAUGAACCACCGGGACACCUCCAUAGAGGAAGUGGAUGUCAGCAACACACUCAUUAACUACACGGGCCUGGAAAACCUGGUGAAACAGAGGGGGUUGCGUACUCUCUCUGUGAGUGGCUGCGCUGAGGUGGAUGACUGGUUCCUGUCCCGCCUCCAUAUCUUCCAGGACACCCUGGAGGAGCUGGACAUUUCGAACUGCCCCCGAAUCUCUGUGGGGGGCCUGGCCGCACUGCAGAAGCUGAGGGGUCUGCGACGGCUGAACGUGUCCUCCCUCCCCAAGCUCCAGAACCCUGGGCUGGUCGCCAUCCUGCUGGAGGAGAUGCUUCCUCAUUGCCAUGUUACUGCUGUCGGGUACGACCACAGCCUGAUCUACAGCCAAACACAGACAGACGGCUAGACGCCCAGACACAGAUAAAGGCCCAGGCUGACGCUGGACGUCAAAAUCUGACUAGAGAAGUGGAGAGACACAAUCAAAAUUGGGCAUGGUGACAAAUGCUCUUAUUCGCUCUCUUUUUGUUUCUUUAACUAACAGUCACACAGACAGACAGACAGACAGGGGGGGAUGCCCAUUUAGUGUGUGAUGUAGAGCCUCACUGAUUUAAAAAAUGAUAAAUUAUCAGACAAGUGCUUUACUUACUUGUAGAGCAACAUUGUCGUCCUUAAGCUAUCAAAAUUAUCAGUCUAAAAAAUGUUCCUUCAAAAUAUGUAUAUUUGAUGAUGGUAUGGAUUAUUAUUAUUAUGUGUUGUAUUGGUGAUUUAAAUAAAAUAUUUGUAAAGUA